ACCCUAAACCCUACAUUACUUCGCGAAAACAAAAAUGCUCUUACGAGCAAGAACUCUUUCUCCAUCAAAGCUUAAACCCUUCUUCUCUCAAUCCUUAAUCCACAAAAUUCCCACCAAAUCUCAUCUCCAAAAGUCCUUUAAGCCCUCAACUUCUCAAUUCUUUUCACUUUCACCCUUCUCCUUCUCUUUCACCUCCUCUUCUCAACAGCCUCCUCCUCCUCCUCAUAAACAUUUUCCGCUGAGCAGAGAUGGAAAUUACGACGAAGCCACUCCCGUACGCGCUGUCUGUCCCGGAUGUGGGGUCUACAUGCAAGACCACAAUCCCAAACAGCCCGGCUACUUCAUCAAACCCACUGCAACGACACAAACUCUUCAGAAAAUAAAAAAUUCUCAUCUUGUCCCCGUUUCGACAGUGCCCGAGUUUUCGGAGUCUGUCAAACGGGGUAAUAUCUUAAUUAAUCCUGAACCCGAAAUCUUAAACACUAACAAGCCCGAUAAGCCCGUGGUAUGCGCUAGGUGCCACGGUUUGAGGCACUAUGGGAAGGUCAAAGAUCCGACGGUGGAGAAUCUUCUACCAGAUUUUGAUUUUGAUCAUACGGUUGGGAGGAAGUUGAUGUCGGUGACGGGGACGAGGUCGGUUGUGUUAAUGGUGGUGGAUGCAUCAGACUUUGAUGGGUCGUUUCCCCGGAGAGUUGCUAAGAUUGUUUCUGAAACCGUGGAGGAGAAUUUGACGGCGUGGAAGGAGGGCAAAUCAGGUAAUUUACCUCGAGUAGUUUUGGUUGUUACGAAGAUUGAUUUGCUGCCGAGUGGUUUGUCUCCAACCAGGUUUGAGCAUUGGGUGAGACAAAGAGCUAGAGAGGGUGGAAUUGAUAAGAUUAGUAAGUUACAUUUCGUGAGUGCUGUUAGGAAUUGGGGGCUAAAGAGUUUGAUCGAAGAUGUUGCAUUUUUGGCGGGAAAACGAGGAAAUGUGUGGGCCAUAGGGGCACAAAAUGCAGGGAAGAGUACAUUGUUGAAUGCAAUUGCGAAGUGUGUUGAUGGUGGAGAAGGCAGAAAGGUUGUUAGUCAUUUGACUGAGGCGCCUGUGCCUGGGACCACUCUUGGGAUUGUGAGAGUGGAGGGAGUUUUGCCUGCACAGGCAAAGCUGUUUGACACUCCGGGUUUGUUGCAUCCUCAUCAGAUUACGAUGAGGUUGAAUAUAGAGGAGCAGAAGCUUGUCCAUGUUAGUAAGGAGUUGAAGCCGAGAACGUAUAGGAUUAAGGCAGGUAACUCAGUCCACAUUGCUGGGCUCAUGAGGCUGGAUGUUGAAGAUUUAUCAGUAGAAUCUAUUUAUGUUACCGUUUGGGCAUCACCAUACCUUCCAUUACACAUGGGGAAAACAGAAAAUGCUAGCACAAUGCUAGAGGAGCAUUUUGGCCGUCAAUUACAGCCACCAAUUGGAGAGAAACGAGUAGAAGAGCUAGGAAAGUGGGUGAGAAAGGAAUUUCAUGUCUCUGGUAAAAGUUGGGAUUCAAGCUCUGUAGAUAUUGCUGCUGCUGGACUUGGUUGGUUUGCAAUUGGUCUUAAAGGCGAGGCAGUCUUAGGUGUUUGGACCUAUGAUGGAGUUCAAAUAUUCCUUCGCAACUCUUUGAUUCCUGAUAGAUCUCAGGUGUUUGAAGUUGCAGGAUUUACAGUCUCAAAAGUUGUCUCCAGAGCUGACCAAGCUCUAAAUAAAUCAAAGAGACAAAGUGAAACUAAGAGGAAACAGAGAAACCUGGGAGCACUAACUAUUGAAUCAUCAUUAUUAAGUGUUGAUUCACCAUCAAGUUCUCAAUAAGAACAUCUGCUCUGGAAGUUGGAAGAGUGAUGUGCAACAAAACUAGGUGGGUUGAGAGAUUAUAUGAAGUAACAAUUAUGGUUUUUCUCCUGCAGUACAGAUAAAGCAAACAACAUUCUUUAGCCACAGAUGGAUCUAUCAGUGCUUUUUCGACUUAGACCUGAUAACGAUUUAAUUUUGGAAGUCAAUUUCCAAUUGUUCCAGAGCUACUAGGAACCUCAAAAUGCAGUACAUCUGGGUGAAUGGCCUGGAUUUGUCUUCUAAAUAAUUCUUUUUCCGCUAAUGGGUAUGUAGCUUCCUCCUGCUUAUUGCUAUUUAGAGGAUUUUAUGUAACAGUUUAAUGUGAAGCUUCCCCCCAGCUUGUUCUUAUUUUAGAUAAUUAUAUGCAUGCAUCAGUCUAAAAUGAAGCUUCUCUUAUUUGUUCUCUUAAACAUGUAUGCAUCAGCUCAAAGUUAGUCCAAACUUUCACAAUAUUUUUUUUUUCUUGCGUUCCAGCAUUUGUUUUGAUAAUUUUAUUGGUUUGGUUUCUUUCAACAAUGUAAUAAUCUUUUUGACUGAUGGACUGUAUUCAUGACUUAAUUAUGUAAUUUACUAAUCUUCUCUUGU